UUUGGCACCAUUUUCCAGGAGCUGCCGGCUUGCCUUGCCUGAGUUUCGCUUUUCUUUUCCUGCAACAAGGAGGCAGCCAGGGAGGUCGGACGAGGCUGUUAUCAUCUGUUGAGGCCGUUCCCGUCCUCUGCGACCCCCGUGUAGGAAGAAAGCAAGGCUGCGUACAGGACAUGGCGCAGACAGUGGUGCCAGGCAGCUCCCCGGGGGAUAACCGUCCCACCUACAUCUACAAGAUGGUCCUGCUGGGAAACACAUCAGUGGGAAAGUCAAGCCUUGCCUACAGAUACGUGAAAAAUGACUUCAAGGAGUCGCUGCCUACUGUAGGAUGCUCCUUCUUCACACAGACAAUCCAACUAGAGACAGCCACCAUCAAGCUGGAGAUCUGGGACACGGCUGGCCAAGAGAAGUACCACAGUGUCUGCCACCUCUACUACCGUGGUGCCCACGCUGCACUCCUUGUUUAUGACCUCACUAAUAAGGAAACAUUCAACAGAGCGAAGCAGUGGCUGGUGGAACUGGAGAAGGAGUUCCUUCCUGAUGAAAUUGUCAUUGCUUUGGUGGGCAACAAGACAGACCUGGCUGAUGAACGGGAGAUUGCAGCUGAGGAUGGGGAAGAGUUUGCAAGGAGCAGAAGCCUGCUCUUCAUGGAGACGUCUGCAAAAUCCAACCACCAAGUAAAUGACAUCUUUAUGGCCGUAGCCCGAGAGCUCCUACGGCGUGAAGGUGAGAAGGCAGCUGUCCCAUCCACGAGUGGCAGGCAGCGUUUGGACCUGCGGGCAAGCGGGACGAAGAGGGUGUGCUGCCAUGUCUGAGGGGCCACGGGCUCCUCACAGGACGUGGGGCUGGACCUUGUGCUGUUGGCAUCGGUGGCCGAGGGGUGACAACACAGGAUAGCUCACAGUCAAUGUGGAGCAAUGAUCCUUCUGCCCAUCUUCUGCCAGUGAAUGCAUGCAGACCCUCAACAGGAUCUUGUGAUGGUGUUCUCCAGAAGUGAGUGGGGAAGUCCACUGUCAAGAAGCAGCCCGGCUGGGGACAUCCCCCUGCCCCAGCCAUGCGCCAGCUUCCCCAGACUCAAGAGAGUUUGGCUUGUGGAGCCCAUCCCAACAACUUCAAGACUUGACUGCCAAUAAAAAGCAGCUCAUCUUA